AUGAAGAAGCUCAUAGACGGCAUCUUUGCGCGAUCUCAUUCGUCAGAUAUCGUCCACGCAGCAUCUUCGCUAACAAAAUCGGAUGAUUUUAUCCCGAAUGUGUCUGCUACAAAACGCUGGGGAGGUUUAGUGCUGCCUUCUUUGACGCAUCCUGGACCUUUUCCCGCUGACCAAGAGAAGAUAAAAAAUGUUUGCGCGGUGCUGCGAGGUGUAGCGAUGCAUGUCAAGACUGUUAUAUCUGCGAUUAUGGAAGCUGAAGAGUAUGAACGAGAUUUGAAAAACUUGCGAGACUUUGUGCAAGAGACGUUUGUCAAUCAGCAGCAGUGCGAUGACUUGUCAGUUGAAGGAUUAAAAACCUUCUUUUCUGAUCCACUGGGACUAAAUUUUUGUGAGCAGACAGCAUUUCCGUCGCUGGUGCUAGAUUUUGCGGCAAAAAUGCGAAUUUUUGCUGUGAAGGAAGAGCUAUGCAGCACGAUAAAGUUAAAUCAAAGUCGGAAACACGAGGAACAGCUGCAUCAGAGUGGAAAAAGGGGAAUUUUUGUCGAAACUAUUGCGUCACUUGAGUUUUUGAUGAAAUGUGUAGUAGCUAUCGCAUCAAACGAGACACUCAUGGAAAAAUUUCGGUGCGAAAUGCCAACUUUAAUCGCUUUGAUAGCCGAAGAAUACCCGUCAGUCGCAAUUUUUCUACGCGACUAUUGUAGCCGUGCGCUCUUGGCGGUGUCGGAACGCAACUUCAAUGCAGGGCUGACAUGGUAUUUGCUUGAUUGUGAUAUCAUUGCCCAAACUGUGAAACGGAUGGAGCAAUAUACGCUAGCUUCAACUUCAAAUUUUAAUACGGUUGGACGGACAUUACAAAAUUAUACGCCAUCGCCCUUAGGUCGAUUUCAAGCUGGUGGAGCGAACGUUAUCGAUGACUCGGCGGCUGCAGCUGCUGUCAGCGAGGCACUUGGGCUCAGACGUAGUAGCAGCAAUGCAAGCGAUCGUGAAACUUACGUUCCAGUUGCUCCUCUGGAACUGCCAAGCGAUGAUGUGACUUACAGCAAUCGCGAGCGGGAUAUCUCGAUACCGUCCGAGACAAUUUGUCUUCCUUCUUAUGAUGCGCAAGGUGGUUUCAGUGCCCUUGUUUACGUCUUGGAGAAAACUUAUCGCUUUACUCAUGCGCUCUUAGAAGAAUUUCAUACAGUUGGUGGAUACCAAUUAUUAUUGCGUCUUCUAGAUACGUGCGAUGAAGAAAAAGCCUCUGCCUUGUUGAACUCUUUGGCAUGUCUUGUACCGCUUGACUCUCGGUUACUGGAAAACAAUAGAGGGGAAACUUGUAUGCCUUCCGUAGGUGCACGUAAUGUUUACGCCUUCUCUACUAUGCGAGACUUGGUGCUGAAGUACAUAAGUGAUUUGCCGUACGAUGCGGAAACGGCUUCAAAUUUAGAUAUUUCAAUCCAUCGUCGGAAUGAGCAAUUGAUUUUACAAUCGCUUACCCAAAUUUUACAAUUAUACACUGUUGACUACGCCAAUUUCGUCUUUCUCGAGCCCAGAACCCAAACACUAGCAUUACUACUGACAAAGCUACCAUGUACGAAAUUUUACGAAGCACAGGUUAUAAUCUUGCGUAUUGUGGAAUACGUCUGCUGCGCUGCACAUCCCAACGAUCUACUUCCUCACAAGAUAUUGUCGGUGUUGUGUGGACUAUUAAUCGCAUAUGAUCCUCUUGGUUGUCACGAGAGCAAAGUAAAUGUAAAAGCUUCCGAUGAAGUUCAACUACCGUCAGAAUUAGCCAUAGAAGAUAUUAUGAAGGCAUUUGAGGUCGGGGCAAUACCAACACUUUCGACCUCAGUGUGUGAGCUGUUAAUAAAAAUAUUGCGAGAUUCCGAAACAGAUAGCUACAAACAAGAAGUUAGCGCAUUUGGACUGAUGGAUCGCGGAAUUUAUGUGUGGUUAGAUCAAAUUGCCACAUGCUUGACCACUAUUUCGGAAACGGACUCGUUAAGAACAAACAUAGCCCUGACAGUACUAAAGCCUCAUCUUGAUAUGUACGCAAAACUUUCUUGCUUAAUGCUACAUCAUAAUUUUCAAGAAAUUAUUCGCUUUCGGCAAGCGCAAGCUCAUCGAUCAUUAUAUGUUAUUGUUGAAGUAAUUAUUUCGAGCGACGCCAUAGUCACUCCUUGCAAUAUCGUUAAAGAAAGUCAUUUGCUUUUGAAUGAGCUUCCUAUAGCGUUAAUAUUUAUGGAGCUCGUGAUCGCUUUGAGAGACACAAGUAGCCAUGAAACAUCAGACCAGCUGAUAUUGCUGCAGAAUGGUGUAGAAUCGGAUAUUGAUGCCGUCUUGACAUUAAUGAAGCGCUUUAGUGGAUUCGCUUGGCGACAACUAGUGCUUUUAUACAUUUUAAUGGAUUUACUCAAGGCGGGUGGGGUAGCGAUUGCCCGGCUGUGGAAAUUAUGUCGGGGCUAUGAAAGGUUGAUGGCAAUUUUACCAUCUGAGAGCCUACUUUUAAACAAUGAUUCAUGGGAGAUUAUGUUCCAGUUGUUAGAUUCACUGCUGGAAUUAGUGAAUGUGUCGCUCGAUUUACGACAUGGUGAGAAUGACAACGCUGAAUACAUGAGGUCUAUCAAUGGGUAUUCGACCAUUACAAGCUACAUUCUCACUUCCGGCUUUAUGCAAUCGAGCAAAAAAUACAUAAUUUUGCGACGAGUGUUCGACCUUAUAGCAAGUGGCACCUCGCACAUUGAAAUUCUUAAUGGCGAUGCUGUCUUUAUUCUAUUUCAGUUAUUGCCGAGUUUGUCCGAGUGUGUGGCUGUAAACACGAUGAGAAAAUUGCUCUCAAUGCUGGAAUGUACAAGCAAUGCAUGUCUAAUAUUGCAGAAGGAAAGAGCUAUACGUCUAAUUCGGGCUGGAACGUUUGAGUGGAUGAACAAUCCAAAUAUUGUGAAUAAGAUUAAAAAUGCACAGGACCCGCUUAAUGUAUACUUACUUGAGUGGAUCACAACAAUUGUGCUGAGAGAGAAUCUCUCGAUUCCGCAAUUUCAUCAUGUUCUCAGACUGAUUGGCAAUACCAUGCCAAAGCUGCUGAACAAUCAGCACUGUUUUACGCAGAGGGAUGGAAAAUCAGACGAUCUGAAUCCAGAGACGGGACUUCUACUACUCCAAGAAUUAGUAAGGUAUCCAUCGAUCCGCCAUAUCUCUGUUGGCAAGCCACAAGAAGCUGGACAAACUGGGCAGUAUGUGCAUAUUGUGAAUAGUACUGACCGAGUAUGGCCUCCGCCAACGGCAUACUCCUUUUCGUGCUGGCUUCGUUUUUCUACCUCAGAUGCUUACAAUACCACAAAUAGCUCGAGGUCAGCGCUAGAAGUAAAGCCAAUACAUCCACUUUGUGAAGGCGAUUUAAGCUUGGCUCCAGAGGGUGACCACGAAGAGUGCAUAGAUGCAUAUGGAGUCUUGAUAGAUACAACUUUGACACUAUAUGCAUCAAAUGAAUGGGCAACCGACAAUGUCGCUUCUAUCGGCGAGUAUCAUGUGACCAAUGUUGCUCGAACGGGUCCGCUGGAGUGGUCAUUCGCAUCGGGUUCCCAAACUUUUCGAGUUCGCUGUACUGAUUCCUCGACGAUGGAAAGAUGGUGGUAUGCCGCGGAACAGUGCCUAACCACAACAACACUCCGCAAGCAAAACGAUGUUGACGUGAACAAUGCGCUUUUGAGCUCGUUUGGCUUAGCGAAUAAUGCUGAUCCUGCUUCCCAAAAAACCGAAGGAGCAAAUUUCAGCGAACAAGAGGAAGGUUCCGCCUGCAUUGUUUCAAUAUAUUCAUUAGAGACCUCAGGAAGCUAUAUGCGAGCGUACUUUGAGCACUCAACAGGUUUUCUUCGAUUCCACACGGGAGCCGUAAAUUCAGGACCCAGCAUUAACUCUAACACAAAAAUAACAUCAGUCGUCUUCGACGAGAUUACGAUCGAUGACCUGAAACCUGCUGGUACGCCUUAUUCUACCAACAAAAGUACAACUUGCGACGGCGUUAGUAAGAUAAAAGCUGGGAUGACAAAUCGAAUGAGAGACUGGCACCACUUUGCGUUUACGCACCGGAAAAGUGCCAUGGGAAGCUCAUUGAUCACGGUAUAUAUUGACGGACGAGAUGUCGCAACUAAGAAAUUACACUAUCCUUCAGCGCCCUCCAUUGGUUCAUUUCAAGCAUUCAUCGGCACUGAUGCUCAAGUUUGUAGUCCUCAUUCAGCUUUAUCAUGGAAGAUUGGGCCAGCUUGGUUCACAGAUGAAGCGAUCUCGAGCAGUACGGUUGGAGGGAUGUUUUCGUUAGGCCCGGCUUUUUCAUCCCCCUUUAGUGGACAUUCUGAAGAUGGUGCCAGUAAUAGUAUCAUUGUGUCUGGUACUUCCAUUUGUAACUACGUCCUUACGAUUUAUUACCAUGUAUUGCGUGAAGUUGUUGCAAGCGUUGAUACGGCUAUGGGUACAGUCUCCCAAGGACCAGCUCAAUGUUAG